AUGGGUCUGAGUGAUUAUAGGCCUAUUAGUUUGGUAAGUUCAGUGUACAAAAAAGUUGCCAAGGUUUUAUCAAGAAGAUUGAGAAAGGUGCUUUUAAAGAUUAUUAGUGAAGUGCAAACAGCCUUUUUGAGUAGAAGAUGUAUCCUGGAUGGGGUGUUAAUUACCAAUGAAGUGGUGGAUUGCGUAUCUGAAUUCAUUCCUUUUUUAUUAUUGUUUUUACAGGAUGAGGCUGAUCUAAUUGACAGAAAUGACCAGCAGCAGUUUCUGGCAAGCGCUGAUUUUCUUUCAAAUUACGGCAUGCCCACUUUGAUUUCUAAUAUGCAGGCAGCAGCAUCUGAAGUCCUCAAGGGAAAGCAGUUGAAGGAUUUGUUCAACACCACUGUACUUCAUGAAACGACUGUGCAGAUAUUGGACAUGUUCAUGAGCAUGGGAAGCCCUCAUCACUGGGUGGAAUAUUUAAUGCCGGAGGAUCCUAAUUUCUACAAACUUGUUGCAUUCUCCAACAGUGACAGCACAGAUCCUUCUGAUAGUACCAAAUUUGAUCGACUCAUGGUGGAGACACGUGCAGUAUUAUCCAGUGCUGAGUUUGGGAAUAUGGUUGACGUGUCACUAAAUACAGCUGUGGAUGCGCUAAUGGAAGAUAUUAAGGCUCAUCUGGGAGAAGGCAAUUCAUUACCAGGGAUUCCGCUGGCCAAACUUUUGCCUCGGCUUGCACAGAUUAGUCCUCUACUGCUUGAAGAACCAAGCAAGAACAGGUUUAUUCAGAUUAUCCAAACAAUACCUGAAGUUGAACUAUUUUUCACUCUUCUUUAUUCAAAAAUGCCAACCUCAUAGGUUAGUGAGCUAGAUUGUAAUUUCACUUUCCAUGGAGGCAUUGAUCUUAAAGGAUUUAGGUUUGGGCCUUCAAAGUUUCAACAGCUUAGCAGGAAUAAAUGAAAAGAUGAAGAUGGUUCGGUGAGAUUGUAAUUUGUUGCCGGUACUGUUUACUGUAUUAUUAUGUAUUUUGAGUCUUGCCAACAUUAAUUUGUUUGGCCAUGGUGAGCUAUUCUUGCUUUAUAGGAGGUUCUCCUCUUGAAUAUAGUAGUAUCAUGCCGGAAAGUAACAUUUCUUCUAUGGCCUCGUUUGGGAAGUUGGCUAUUUUAAUGGGUUAUAUUAGUUUUUGAUUAUUU